AUGCAUUGUAUUCCCACAUGGCUACAUAAAAUUCAAGAUAAAGAUAAAGUUCAACAGUGGUAAUAUUUCUCUUUUCAAUCAUUAAUAUAAGAAUCAUUUAUUUAUGCUAGGUUUAUUAGAAGUAAACAGUGGCGUGGUGAGUAAUAUUUGGUUUGCAGGCAAUUUACGAUAAGAUUUAAAAUAAGAAAAUCAGUAUGGUUUUUUGCCAGGAAAGUAGAUAGUAAAUUAAAUUAAAUUUAAGGCAGAUAAUAUUAAACUAAUAAUAGUGUUCAUACGUAAAAUGUAUACUAAAGUAUUGGACAACCAUCAAGAUGAUGAUAUAUUCGUAUUUACUGUCUUAAUCCAACUACUAGGUAAUAUUUGAAAACAAUGUUUACACAGAAUAAGUAAAACUAUCUUGAUUUUCAUUUUAGAGUAAAGGUACCUAUUAUGAAAUUUAUAGAGAACAAUAUUUUGGAGGGAAAGUCUUAAGGUUUAGUAUUAUUCAAAAUAUACAGCUUGAUAUAAAAGACACAAAACCCCCUUUUUUUUCUUUUUUUAAAUAACUAACUUUUUAAUAUUUCAUAAUAAAAAACCACCUAUGGCAUUCCCUCCAAUAUAUUGUUCUAUACAAAUUUCAUCACAGGUACUUUUACUCUUAAAUUAAAAUUAAGCUUUAUUUUUGUCAAAUAAGAACACACCGUGCGGUGGAUGAAAACUGGUUGAAACUCAUGCCCGCCCUAUUAUAAUUACUAAUUUUGUGGUAGGGGUGUGUGGUUUCGCCUCUGAUUACGAUGCUUGAUGUGGUGCAUUCUCAUUUGAAAAAGAGUAUAGUUAAACUUAUUCUAUGUAAGUAUUGUUUUACCCGGUAGUUGGACUGAGAUAGUAUAAGUUAAUAUAAUGUCCUAAUCUCUUUUUAAUCAAAGUCCAUAUAGUUAAGAGGAAUAAAUGGCAUUCCUUAUGCAAAAUUAGUUAUCGUAUUAGUUUAUAAUAGUGUAAAUUAUUCAAUUAUUGUAUUUUAACUUUUUUUUUUUUUUAGCAUUUACAGUUUAUGUUUUAGUAUUGAUGGUUCCAAAUUACUUGCAACAGCAGGCCAUGAUAUUCUUAUCUAUCGAUCUAUUGAUGGGAAUCUAUUACAUACCUUAAAAGGUAUAAUUACUAGACAUUUAAUUAAUACCUAUUGACAGGUUAGCUUGAAAUGGUAUUCUAUCUAAAACAAAGUUAACAUUUAUUUUUAUAUAUUACCCACCAAGUUCAUUCACAGUAUAAAUAAAAUAAAAAUUACAAUACAAAUUAAAAAGUAUAUAAAUUAUGAAAUUACUAACAUUGAUCAUUAUAUUAAAUAAUAUGUCCUUAGCAUUUAACCUUGUCUGUAUUCUAAUAUUAUUUCUUAUUUAAGUUAAAACACUUAACUCUUAGUUUUUAAUACAUUCACAUAAUUUUUGGAGCUUGAAGUUUUUAAAAUUAUUCUGUCUGUCCCGUACUAUUUAAUAAUAUCUUUGCCUUAUUGGGUCCAACCUCAAGUUUAAUUUAUCGAAUUAGCUUUACAUUGUUAAAUCGCUAUGUCAUAUAAAGUAUGUAAAGCAAUUUUCAGAAUUUUCAGAAGAGUUUACUACAUUUAUGGGAGUUCUCACCUAAAAUACCCUUUUUUGAGGUAUGCCCCUGACAUAUAAUAUAGUAUGGUUAAAUUCCUUUUACUAAAAGAUAAGUAAAUAUUAGGUAACCUAAUUUAUUAAAGUUGCCUACAAACAAAAACAAUAAUAAUAUUUAUUGUAAAACAACCUUUUUUGAAAUGCAUACAUAAUAUAAAUUUAUUGACGCUGAACUAAAAAUAUAGCUUGUGGUGGGUGCAGCUGUUCAGUUACAACAUUUAAAAUUUAAAUAAAAAAGUAAAUAGUAAGUAAUAAAAUACAAAAUAUUUGAAUGCAAUAAUUAUUAAAUAAACAUCCGAGAAAAAUUUACAAAUUAAUUUUAUCUAAAUUUAAUACAUUUAAAUAUUUUUUUAAAUGGUACUUGAUGUAAAACAAUGACAAAUUAAUAUUAAGUUUUAUGCAUAAAGAAAUAACGACAUUAACAACUGUUUUCCUACCACAUUUUUAUGGGUUACUGGCAUAUUCAAAACAACCCUUUGUUUAUUGCGAGUUUAGUAACUAUGAAAUGGUGAUUAAUUUUUUAGGUCUAAAUCAUAAAUGUAGUUAAAUACAUUUAAUAAAUAUAAACCAUUUAUAUUUAUUACUUUAAGAUUUUUGUAAAAAUCAAUUAUACUUAAAUCAUAAGAUUUAUAAUGAAUAAAUCUUAAAAGGAAUUUAAUUAUUAGUCUAUAUUAUGAAAAUGGUUGACCUAAAAUUAAUCCUUGUAGAAUACCAUAGUUUAUAGAUAAAAAAUUACUCAAAUCAUUAUUGAUCCUAACAGGGUGAUUUCUAUCACAUAAAAAAGAUAUGAAUAGAUUUAAUGCUUUUUUUCGAACACCAGCAUACUCAAGUUUAAUAAUUAAGAUUUAUGGUUUAAAUGAAUGGUUACUGAAUUAAAAGCUUUCUUAAGAUCAAGAAAUGCCGAUUACUCUUCUGUUACCAUUUAGAUUAUUUUUAAUAAAUAUAUCUACCUGAACUAAACUAUUAAUUGCUGAUUUACAUGACUGAAAACCAAAUUGAUCACUAGCAAAAAAUUUGUUCUUUAUUAAAAAAUCAUUUGAGCGCUUUUUUAGACAUUUCUCAAAAAUCUGGUUAUAGACAGUGAGAGCGAAAUAGGCCUAUAAUUACCACAAUCUUUUUUAUUGAUUGAUUUAAACAUAUAAACAAUAAUACAUUUUUUUAAACAAUCAGGAAACACUCCAUUUUCAAUUGGUAUAGCUAUAUGUUUGGAAGUUUGUUUUAGAAAAAGAUUUGUUGUACUAAACUCGUAAUAAAAACACUCUGAAAGGAUUCAAAUAAUUCUCAACUUCAUUAAUAGAAGCAGAAUUUAAAAAUAUGAUUAUCAUUAAUAUGACAUUAAUUGUUCAAAUAGAUUGGCACAUCUAAUUUUUUGAAAAUUAUUUUCAUUAAUAUGUUUUGAUAUAAAUUUACCGACAUUAGUGAAAUGAUAAUUAUUAUUAGUAAUUAAAAUAUAACUAAAAUUGUACACUAGGUAAUAUUUGGGUUGCAUUAAUAUUACCUAUCUAUGUAUUUAAUAUAUAUUUUUAUUUUUUAGGUCAUAAGGAUAAUGUAUUUUGUUUAUCAACUACUAAUAAUGGAAAGCUAUUCGCCUCUGGUGCAGCAGAUAAAACGGUUAUUCUUUGGUCUUUUAAAUUUGAUCCAGUUGGAAAAUACAAGUAAACAUUAAUUGCAUAAACAUAGAAUUAUUUACUGAAUUUUUUAAUGUUUUUCAGUCACAAUGACACUGUACAGUGUAUGUCUUUCAAUUCAAUUACCAAUCAUUUGGCCAGCUGUAGUUCUAUGGAACUUGGUUUAUAUUCUUUGGAACAAAAAUCAGUUCAAAAAUUUAAGACUUUGUUUAAGAUAAACACUUGUGCCUGGUCAACAGAUGGCCAAGCAUUAGCACUUGGCUGUGAUAAUGGAAAUGUGUCCUUACGUAAUCGAAGUGGAGAAGAAUUUGCAAAUAUAGAACAGUUUGAUGGACAAUCAGUUUGGGCAGUUAUUUGGUUAUCGUCUAGGUACCAAACAAAUUAAAGCAAUUUAUGUAAUUUGUUGAAAUUUAUUUUCACCUACUUUUUUUCGUGUAGAGAUAAUGAGGAUGAUAUCUUAUGUAUUGCUGAUUGGGGAAAAAAAUUAUCAUUCUAUAAUAAAAAUGGUUCUGAAGUAAUUAAUUAUAUUUUGUAUAUAAAUAUAUACUUUUUUUUAAUGGUAUAACUAAAAUUAACAAACAUGUUUACAGGUUUUAAAGAAUAAAAACAUACAUUUAGAAGCUUUGACUAUGAAAUCAUUAUGUAAUGAUUCCUAUUUAUUAAUAAGUGGUUGUAAGGGAAAAUGCUGCAUAUUCUCUGUUGAUGGAAUUAUGUUAUAUCAACUUGAAGACCAAAAAAGUUGGAUUUGGGCUUCUGCGGUACAUCCACAAUCAAAAUUCUUAGUAAGUUUCCAUUUAUGAAAUAAUUGAAUUUGAUUGAAUAACAUUAAAUUUAUACAUAUUGUUUUUUUGUUUUUAUAUUAUAUUUUAUGUUUAUUUUAUGUUAAUUAAAAAAUAUAUUUUGCGUUUAAACAAUUCUGAGGAUAGGGUAUUAAAUCUUAAUGAAAUGCGAUAAACACAUACCUACAUCUUGACAAUUUUAUUAUCUUAAUUUAUCAUUUUAUCUUUAUACAUUUAGGGCAUGAUUCUUUAUUUUUUAUUGAGCUAAAUUUGCAGAAGAUUUUAGAUAAAGUAGUCAAUAUUGUAUUAUAUUUUUCCAUUUAGCUACAAAUAUUUUGAUUAAUGUAUUAAAUUUUCAUAAUUUGGUAGAAUUUUGUGUGUGUCCCUUGAUCAUACAAAUGUAUUGUCAAAUACAAUACAGCAUUUACUCAGUACACCUUGUAAUUUUUGUGUGGAAAUUAGCCAGGUAUAACUUGAAUAAAUUUGAAGUUUUUGCUGCCAUUGUGGUAUAAUAUGCAACUAGUAAAUUUAGAAUUGUGUAUAAGUAUUUUUUUAAAAAAAAUCGUAUUUUUUGAGUCAUCAAUAUGAAAAUUUAUCUAAAAUAAUUUUUUAUUAUUAUUGAUAUAAAAUAAUCUAAUAUAUAACGAAUAAUUCUUAGACAUUUCAUAGAUAUUUUAUUAGUUUUACUUUAUGGAGUAUUUUGUACAUUGUUUUUAAUUUUAAUAUCUGGAAUAUUAUUUGUUUUUGUUUUCUACAUUAUUUACAACUUUUUUCACACUAAAGCUAAAUUAUAGUAAAUAAUAAUGAUUGAUCUUUAUUAAUUUUCACUUUUAAAUUGAUUUUGUAAACUAAAUGUUGGAUGGAAAAGGUUAAAUAGUAAUCCAGACAAUGAAGUAUAAAAUAAUAAGUAAAUAUAAUUAAACAGUAAAUAAAUACUAAGUGUAAAUUAAACAAUGUGCAUAUACAGCAGUGAACAAUAAAAAACAAUUGAGUUGCUUGACUGGAUUGUAUAACAGUACUAUACAUACACAUAUAUAUUAUAAUAUAAUAGUAUGUGACACCUGAAGAUUGAAAGAUUGAAAUGUGCAAUAUAAGUAUUCUGUAUAUCCUGUGUAACUAUGUGUUACAGUAUGAAAAUAUUACCUAUGACUAUGUUAUAUAAGGUGUCUUGUUCAUAAUUUUAACACUAAUAAUGUUUAAGAAUUUAAUAUCAUACAUACUAUAUUACUAUUAACAACAUAGGUGGAAAAGUAUUUUUUAAACUAUACUCUCAUAACAUCAAGUAUUAAAUAUAAAUAAAGUAUUAAACAAAUUAUGUUUCUCUACAUUAUAACUGUAGGUUAAUAGUUCUUAGCCUGUGGUAUGCAGAGAGCUCAUAAGGUGUACGCGAAGACAUUUUUUGAUUAGUUAAAAUAAAAUGCAUUAGUUAUAAUAUAGUUUAUUAAUCCAUAAAUAAUAAUACAAAUAAUAACUACGUAUUUAAUUUUACUUGUAUGUAUUAAAUGUUUAUAAUUAUGUUGAUUUAAUAAUAAAAAGCUAGAUACAUUUAAAAUAACAUACAUAUUUUAUUUUUUAAUAAGUAAAAAAAAAAAAAAGCUCAUUAACCUCGUGAACAAUUUCAAAAUGUGUAAAUAGUAUGCUAAUAACAAAAGGUUGAGAACCAUCAUUUUAGGUAAUACGUAUGAUAGUGUAUUGUUAUUUUUAUUUACUUAAUUAGAUCUUAAUUUUUUAUUGUUAUCACAAUCAAAAUUGUAUUGAUAACACUACUCCUGGGGAGCGGUUUUAGAAAAUGUGAGUCAUCCAAUUCAUACCACCACAUUCAUCUCAUUUCACAAACUUUCUAAUCUUACAUUGAGAAUAAUUGUUGAUAUACUGUUGUCACUGAUAUCAUAAUCAUAUCACUGAUACCACACAACUCCCUUUAAAAAUAAUCUUUCUUUGUAAUUCCAUAAUUUGGUAACCCAAAAAUAAAAAUAGAAUUAUCUGUUCUAUGGACAAUCUAAAAUCCUUGACAAAUUUGUUGUCAUUCAGAGAAAUGGAUCUUCAGUAUCUCUUGAAAAUUAAAUGAUCAAAAAUUGAGAUUAUGAGUAAUUUAAAUUAUAAAAAUAUGAAUUCAAGAUAAAUAAUAAAGAAGUAGGUAUUUAUAUUUACCUCAUUUGUUGUCUAUUUUGUAUUCGACAUUUUCUUGGGUUUGACAUUCCGAAAAAUAAAGCCAUUAUAGCCUAAAGAAUACUUUUAGGUAUAUUAUAAUGUAAUGUACAACAUUUUAUUAUUAUAAUAUUAAUGUAAACAAAUUUAUCAAAUUUAUUCUUAAUAAAAUAUUCAGAACAUUCCAUCACAUCCAAAAAUUUAUAUUGACAUAUUAUAUUGAAAUUUAUUACUUGUGUAAAAACGUAAUAAUUACAUAUAAAUAUAAACAUCAAUAUUAAUAGGCAUUAGGUAGUCAAGAUGGGACAUUAGCCUAUUACAAAAUCAAGUUCAGUAUAAUACAUGGACUUUAUGAAGAAAAAUAUGCUUACAGGUACCAUUAAUUACUCAGUUACUCUUAACUGUAUUAAUACACAACACUAAUGUAUAAGGUUAUGGUGCACAAAAUCUUAAAGACAUGUCAUAUUAUUUUUGUCACUUAUAUAAAUAAAUGGCACUGUUAAUAAUUUAAUUUGUUGAAUAUGUUUUACUAACAUUGUAAUGCUAACAUUGGUUUUUGUAUACAUAUUAAAUAAUAGUUUGUUUUUUUUAUUAGAGAAAAUAUGACAGAUGUUAUUGUUCAAAAUUUAGUUACUAACAAAAAAGUACGCAUCAAAUGUAGAGAUUUGGUUAAAAAAAUUGCAAUUUACAAAGAUAGAUUGGCUGUAAGUUUUUAAGUUUAUACCUAUUAUACCUAGUUUUUACAUUUCAUAUUACAGUCAAUUUUUCCAUGAGUUACUUAUUUUUCAGUAAAGAACUUAUUUAAAAACUUUUUAUAGAUAACCAUAUAUUCUAAAAUGUUUUAUUGUCAUUAUUUUUGCCAUCCUUAAUUUUAAGGGUGAAUCGGCUACCUACUUUUGAUUUUCAAAUAGCAAACUAUAAUAAAAUUUCCAUAAAUAAACGUAAUACUUAUUAGUUUAAAUACAUGUUGGUGUUGAAAUUUUUGAUUUAACCCAUUGAUAAGAUAUUGAAUAUUCCACCUUUAAGUUAAAUAGGGGAAUAGUAGUGGAGCAGUAUUAAAACCUCUCACACUGUGCCACAACACUAAUGAUCUACUAUUCUCCCCUUAUAUAAACUUAAAUGUGGAAUAUCUUGUUGUUGGGUUAACUGAAAUCAAAAAUAGGUAAUGGUUCCAACCCAAAAAAUAAUUGUAAUGUAAUAAUAAUAGAAUAUAUAACUUCAAAAAGGUUUUAUAUAAAUUAUUUUUUGAACAAAUAAGUAUUUCAUGAACAAUUUUACUAAAUAUUAAUCAUUGUGUUAUACUGAAAUUGUAUUAUUUUAAUAAUUAUUAACUUAUAAAAAUAUCUUUAGGUUCAAUUAUCAUCCAAAGUUGUAGUAUAUGAAUCAUCUUUAAUUCAUAAUUCUGAAAUGCACUAUCGGAUUAAAGAAAAAAUGUCAGAAAAUGCUGUUUGUAAUUUAUUAGUAGUUUGUUCAAAUAAUUUAGUUUUAUGUCAAGUAAGAAUUAACUAUUUUAUUAACUAACUUAUUAACUAAGCGAUUAUAUUUACUUCAAUUAAAUUGCAUUCACUUUAGGAAAAAAGACUUCAAUGUUUAUCACUUUCUGGGGUAUAUGUACGUGAAUGGAAUAUGAAUUCUGUAGUUAAAUACUUAAAAGUUAUUGGGGGCACUGCAGGAAAAGAGCAAAUUUUAGUUGGGUUACAUAAUGGAGAGGUAUUGUAUUGCAUUUUAUAUAUGUAUAUAAGGUGAUUCUUUUAUCGUUUAACACUGAUUAUUUUGCAAAAUAUUCACUUGUUUCAAAAAAAAUUUUUUGACAAUUUAAGAAACAAGCAGAUCUUAAAUUUUAUAUUAAUAUUAUUUUUUUCACCUUUAUUUUUAGGGGUAAAAUGACAACUAACUUUUGAUUUUUAAAUGAUAACCUAUAUUUAAAAGUUCCAUAUAUAGAUGUGGUAUAAGUUUAAAUAAAAAUUUUAUGUUGAAAUUUUUUAUUUCCUUCAACCCGUUUAUAAGAUAUUUCACUUUUAUAUUUAGGCAGGAGAGUUGUGGAGUAUCGUUUGUGUGGCCAUUUGAAUAGUGCUCCACCAUUCUAUAUGUGGAAGUUUUCGUAUGGGUUAUAAUUUCAAAAUCAAAAGUUGGUCUUUUCACCCCCAAAAAUAAGGGUAACAAAACUUAACAGUAAUGUAAAAUUUUAAAUCUUGUCUCUUAAAUUGCCAAAACAUUUUAUUUUUUUAAAAGGCUAUACAUUACUUUGCGAUUUAAUUAGUGUUAAAUGAUAAAAGAAUCACAUUGUUUGUAAAAAUUAAUUUAAAUAUUAUAUAUAUCUAGGUUUUAAUGUUACGAGUUAACAAUAUAUUAGUCCAACCAUUAUUUAACGUUCACACAAGUGUCCGUUGUUUUGAUGUGAAUAUAUCAAUGGAUAAAGCUGCUGUUGUUGAUGAUAAAAAUAAGUGUUCAUUUUUUGAUAUGCAAUCUAAAGAGCUACUUUUUCAAGUAAGUUAAAUAAUAGAACAGAAUAGAAUUUUCAAACCUAAAAUGUUUUAGAUUCUAAAUGUAUUGAAGAAUGUAUUGGUUUUUAAAGUGUUUGAGUUCUAAUUACUGUAUGAGGAAUGGUAGGAGGUGUAAUUUUUUAAUUUUCUUAAUGGUUUUAAAAAUGGCUAGAAAAAACUUACAAAUAUUAACACCAAUAACAAUUCCAUUAACUAUGAUUUUGUUUUUUUUUUUGUAAUUUGGUUAAUAAUAACAAUUGUAGUGACCUGAAAUCUUCAUAGAAUACAUUAUCAUUUUUUAGAUAUAGCUUUUUGGGUAUUUUUAGAUUUUUCAUAGUAGAUUUUAUGUGAAUAAAUUUGUUUGACCAAACAGAAGAAAUGCUUUAAAGUUUAACAUGAGGUUCAUUAAAAGUUGUACUUAUUGAUAAAAAAAAAUGAUUAACUAAAAGUAAAUUAAUAAGUUAAGUCAUAUUUUGACAAAAAUCAUAAAAAUUACACCGCUUUAAAACAUGUAUAUUGAACUUUCCUCAGUACUAUUUUAAUUUCACAAUGAUUUUUUUUUUUUAGGUAUCUGAUAUUACAAGUGUAGUUUGGAAUUCAAAAUUUGCUGACAUGGCUUGUUUUUCUGGUAAAAAUAUAUUCAAUAUAAAAAUCAAUGAAUUUCCAGCGCAUCAACAACGUAUUAUGGUAAUGAUUUAUUUAAUAAUUCAUAUAAUAUAUUUCAUGUUAAUACUUAAUAGUGAUACCAUUUAACAGGGUCAUGUAAUUGGCAUGCGGGGAUCCAAAAUAUUUUCUCUUAAUGAUUCAUUAGUAUCUGUUAUUGAAGUCGCUUUAUCAGUGCCAUUAUAUCAAUGUAUAGAAAAGAAAUGUUUUAGGUGUGUAAAUACUGAUUCUGUAUUGUAGUAUUAUAUAUUAAAAUUAUAUUAAUUUAUUUCCAGUAAAGCAUACCAGAUUGCUUGUCUAAAUGUUACUGAUUCUGAUUGGAAAAUUUUAGCUCAUGAAGCAUUAGAAAAUUUCAAAUUAUUAAUUGCCAAAAAAUCUUUUGCUCAUGUCAAAGAACUUAAAUACUUAGAAUUAAUUACACAAUUUGAAGUAAAUAUAUAUUUGUUAUAACAAAAAACUUUUCUAAAAAAACAGUUUUUAUAUAUAUAUUAUGUAUGUGACAAAAGAAAAAAAAAAUAUAUAUAUACAAUUUAAAGGAAAAAGGAUCACAUAAUGAUAAAGAUAAACAUUGUCUGUUAGCUGAUGUACUUGCUUUUGAUGGAAAGUUUAAAGAAGCUGCUAGAAUUUAUCAAAAAUGGGGUUUCGAACACAAAGCUUUCACAAUGUAUACUGAUUUGAGGAUGUUUGAUUUGGCACAAGUACUGUAUAAAUGUUUUUUUUUUUUUUACUUUUUUUUUUAUUAAAUAUUUGAAAAAAUUAAACUUUAGGAAUUUAUUGGAUCAAAUACUGCUGGUGAAAAUAAAGAAUUACUUAUUAAACGUGCUGAAUGGGCUUUGAGUAUUGAUGAGCAUAAAGUAGCUGCUGAACUUUAUGUUUCAGCUGAAGAGUUUGAUCGUGCAAUUGAUAUAAUGGUUCAUAAUUGUUGGACACAAAUGUAAUUCUCUAUUGUAUAAAGGGUUGGGUAAUAACAUGUAUAAAAGAUUUUAUAACGUCUUAGAUAUAAUAUGUUUAAAACGUAUAAAACUAGAAAUAAGUGAAUUUGCUUAAAUUUUUUUUUUUUUUUUUUUUUCAUAGAUCAGUACAAUGUUACAUUUAUAAUUAAUUAAGGUAACAUUUUGUGUGUAACGGUUACCCUAAAACUCAUACAAACUACUUCAUCUAUUCUUAUCGAGCUUACAAACCUUAACAAUCUCCCCUGUCUUUCUUAACAGACACUGAUGUCAUAAUUUUUUUAAUGGUUAAAAUUUAAUAAUGGUAGUUUUGCACUGUUACUACUGUAUAGUUUCUUCCAUAAUGCUAUUCAUAUAACUAUGUCCAUUACCACAUAUCAAAUUACUGUUCCCUUGGGAACAAAUUGUACAUAUCUUUAAAUAAAAACAAUAGUAAUUUAUAUACAAUAGUAAAUUUUGCAGGAAUAUGUGAGAAAGAAAAUUAUUUAAUUAGAUCUCACCUCACUGAUAGAUUACAAAUUGACAAAAUUAAUGACAUAUUUAAUUCCCCUUCAAAAAUAAACCAUGGUGUUCUACGAGGGACUGUUCUCAAACCUAUCUUUUUUAUUAUAUACGGAAAUGCUUUGCUGAAUAUUAAUAUCGGUUUAAAAAAUAAUUUGUUUUGCAGUUGAUACUGUUAUUCUCUUUCAAGAAAAAAGUAUUGAAAAAUUAUACUAUAAAGCUAAUAAAAUGUUUAAAAUUGUAAGAAAAUGGUUUAAUAAUAAUUAUUUAUAGCUUAACUUAACUAAAACUAAGUAUAUUAUCUUUAAUAUUCAAAAUAUAAAUUGUGAUAUAAAAUGGAAGUUAAGUGCCCAAAAAACUUCUCGUCUUAAUAAUAUUUGGGCUAGUUGUUCUUGUAAUUAUAUUGAAAGAGUUUAUUUUAUCAAAUAUCUAGAAAUAUAUAUUGAUUCCCAAUUAAAAUGGAACAUACAUUUAGAUUAUAUUAUUAUGAAUUUAAGUCGUAAAUUAUUUUGUUUUUAAUGAUUUAAGGUAUAUUCUCGAUAAACAUCAAUUUAGAAUUAUUUAUAUUACCUUAGUUCAAUCAGUAAUUUCAUUUGAUAUUGUGAUAUAGAGGGUGCUUAUGAUAUUCAUUUGAACAAAUAAAAAUUGACUAGUAAUAAAAUUAUUAAAUUUAUUUUAAAAGUUGAUUUUCUUACUUGCACUAAAUUUAUUUAUAAUGAGUUAAAUGUCUUAGACUUUGAUAACCUCCUAACUAAUUGUACUCUUCUAUUAGGUUUUAAGCAUAAAAUGUAUUUACCAUCUUGUAAUCAUAAUUAUAAUACAAGAUAUAGGAAUAAUUUAAGUACAAUUGUUCCUAAUUGUAAAAAACAAUUUGGGAAUGAAAGUUGCUUAAUUCGUACAAUUUCGCUUUGUAGGUUAAUGGAAAUAUAUAUUAGUUCAAUAACUAUACAAAUUUUAAACAUUCUAUAAUGAGGAAAAUAAAUUUGGUAUAAACUUAUUGAAUUAUAAUAUGUUUAUAAUAUAAUAUUAUUUUAGUAUUAAUUAUGUAUUUAUAGAGAUUUUUUAUGUAUCUAUUUUAUGAAUUCAACACCCUCAACUCAAGCAUUUGCUUUAAGAAAGUGUGCGAACAAUUUUAAUUAAUGUUAAUAUUAAUUUAAAAAACUGGCAUACUGUGCACAAUGGGUGGGCCACUGUUAUAGGUGAGAAGUUAGAAGAAAGAAGGGAAAUUUAAUGUAUAUCUGUAAGCAACAAUUAAUCAUUGCAAAAAACUAUUUUUUGUAUGAUAUGUAUAACCGAACUCAGUUCGGUUAUAAAUGUUUGAAAGGCUGUAAUAUAAACAAUUUGAAAAUAAUCAAUUUCAUAAAUUUUCCAUUUUUUUAUUGUUUUCCGGUAUUUCCAAUUAUGAAAAUCAAAAAAUGAUCUCCCUAAAGUACCACCCAAGUCAAAUUAAAAAAGCCUAUCAUACCUACAUAUUAUACAUAUUAUAUAUUGAUGUAUUCUAUCUAUCCAACCCUGAUUGUAUUAUAUUGCAAUAUUUAUGUUUAAUUGAUUAUUUAGAACAAACUCAAAUGUAGAUGAGAAGUUGAAACAACUGAGAAGUUUGAAAAAUAUUUUAGUUUUAUUUUUAAAAUUAUAUAAUUAUGUUUUACUAUUAAAGGAAAAUAAAUACAAUUUAAUACAAUUCUGUAUGUAGUGAAUUUAUUUAAAUUUUGACGAAAAACAUUUCAUUUCAAAAUAUGAUUAAUUGAACCUUUUUCGUUAGAAAGAAUUUAUUGUUACGCACACAUGUAAAAUAAAUAACCCAAUAAUCCUACUUUUCUACCUAUAACAAUAUCACACUCAUUAGGCGUUUCAACUUUUUAAAAAUACUACUAUACAUUAAUACUACCAAUUACAAUUACUUGUAUUAACAACUUAGUAGAACAUUUUAUAAUUUUUGAUAAUACUUUUUUUAAAACUUAAUUAAAUAUCUGAUUUAAAAGUAAGAAAUUUGUUUCGUAAAAAAGAAAAUUAAUAUCUUGCUUAAUCUGAUUGUAGAAUUUUUUUGUCUAAAUAUAUCAUAUUUAUAUUAUAAGUUACAUUUCCCUAGGCUUUUAGAACUUGGACGCCAUACAGAUAAAGUUGAAGAAGUUGUGUUAAGUAGGAUUGGUGAUGAACUUCGUAAAUUAGGUGAUACAGAUAGUGCUGUUGAAAUAUAUGCUAAAAUGGGCAAAGAUAUGGGACCUGACAUGGUAGCUUUACAUGUGGAAGCUCAUAACUGGGAUGAGGCUUUCAGUUUAGUUGAAAAAAACCCAAUUUUUGCUCCACUUGCAUAUUUACCUUAUGCUGAGUGGCUUGCAGAAAAUGAUAAAUUUGUUGAAGCGCAAAAAGGUAUUUUAGUAAUGACUUUUAAAUGAAUGAAUAAAUUAACAACAUUAUUAUUUUUUUCAGCAUUUCUCAAGGGUGGCCGACCGGAACGUGCAUUUCAAGUAUUACAAAUCUUAACUGAAAAUGCUGUUGAUGAACAAAGAUUCCAUGAUGCUGGUUAUUAUUAUUGGUUAUUAAGUAGACAGUAUUUAAAUAUUACUUCAAACAGGUAAAUUUACUUAUUCUUUAUUUAUUAGAAUUUAAGUAUUGUACAAAACAAAAUAUAAACAAUAUUCUUAUUAAUACCUUUUUUUUGUUUUAUUAAUUUUAGUGAUGAUAAUUCUAAAAUGAUAAAUCAAUUUUAUUUAUAUGAUAAAUAUGCUUCAAUUUACUUUGCAUAUAAUACUAUUCACCGUUAUAUGGUAUGUAAAAUUAUUAUUUACCUUAUGUCAUUAAAACUAAUCAUCUAAUUAUAUAUUAUACUUUUUCCAUAUAUUUAAUGUAAUAUUGUAUUAGUACUAAGGGUUGUUUCAAUUUUUAAUUGAAUUAUAUUUCUUGAUACUUCUAUUAAAAUACUAGUUAUCCCCUCAAUGCUUUACCAAGAUUUAAACCAAAAAUAUAUAAAUAAUAAAAACAUCUCCCCCUCAAAUCUCCUCAUUUUUAAAAGAAUGCUACAUAUGCAUGUAGUUUCCAUUUUACCAUACAACAUAGCAAAUUUAUAUUUAGCAGAAAUAACUUUGUGUUGUUAGUUUCGAUAUUAAUAUGAAUUGAUUUAAACUGUGUUUGUAUUUUUUUUUUUUUUUUUACAUUAAAUUUUAAUUAUUAAGCGAGAUAUAAGCUUUUAAAAAUUGUGAUAUUUUGCUCAAAAAUUAAAAAUACAAAACGUAAAAAUCAAAACACAAAUAAUUUUCUAAUCUUUAAGUUUAUUAGUUUAAUAACAGGUUAUGCAUUCUAAUAAUAAAACUUGCAGUACAAAGUUGUCUCUGCUGAAAUCAAAUUUGUUGUGUUGUAUAUUUCUAACCUUGAGACAUCAAAUGCGUGUGUGUUACUCUUAAUAGUAACUGUUAUUUUCUUUUCAUACUGAUCACUUAUGGGAUAGUUGUAUGUCUUUUGCUCUUACUAUCGUAAGUAAUCCACGUUUCACAUUAACUGUGUCAAAUUAAAUGAAACAAACCCCACCCUAUCACUACUAUCUACUUUUAUUUUAACAUUCUUCCGCCCUUAAUAAUAUUGCAUUUACUUACAAAAUUGAAAGUGUAAUAUGCUAGAAAAAAAAUUUAAAUUCCACCAACAUUUAAAAACUGCUACCAAACUUCAAGGGCUAUCUAACACGAUACUAUGCUGAUAAUAAAUUAAAAUUCAUCAGUUGUAUCAAAUGAUGAUUUUACAAUUUGGGUUAGAUUAAGUAGAUAUGAUGCAAUCAUAACACAAAAUAUUAUAUUAUUCAUGUAUUAUAAUAAUAUGAUAAUUAGUAUCCUAAUUUAACCUUUUUAAUUAUUAUAUACAAAUUUAAUUAUUUUUCAACUUUUUAUUUGUCAGGAGGAUCCCUUUAUGUCAUAUCAACCAGAAACCUUAUUCAAUAUAUCACGAUUUCUAAUGAAUGAGACAGAAAAUAUACAUUUAAAAGGUGUUUCACAAUUGUGAGUGUUUUAUUGUAAUUCAGUAAUAUUAAUAUAAUAAAUAAAAACUGUAUUUAAAUUAAUGAUACAAAAUUAGGAAAUAAAAUGUCAACCAUAUACAAUACAAACAAUGACAGUAAAACAUGGUAGUCUAGUUUAAUAACAGCAAUAAAAUAAUAGUUUGUAUUAUUUAAUAAUAUAUUAGAAAUAUAAAUGUUUAUGUAUGAUAUAAGUGUGUCAUACAUGAUAGUUAAACACAUUUCUUUCUGUUUUCUUAAUUCCAGUAAACUAAUCCUAACCCCUUGAUGCAUAAUAAAAUCUAUUGAUUUCAGGAAUGGACGUUCCAAUGGAGUAGUCUGCAUUGAAUAGACUAGGAAAAUUUUAGAAACACAUACUGUUCAAAUAUAUUUAUUUUUUUUUCACCUCUCAAUAGAUGUAAUUAGCAUGCUAAAUUUUUUUUAGGUUAGGAAUGAAUUUUUUUUAUCAAACAAUACUGUGUAAUUAAUUCCCAGAUAUUUAAUCUGUUCACUGGGUGUGAUAACUCGUAUGAUGGAUUUGUCAGAUUAUAUCAGGUUAUUCGGUGAAAACUGGUCCUCUCAUAUGUUUAUGGCCAGUGAUUUUUUUGGAUAAAUCAAUAUUCUUUUUUAUUUGAAAGCAAAUUUCAGUGACUAAUGCUAUUACGCACUUUUCAUCAAUGUACUAUAAUAACAGUAUUGUCGGCAAAAGCUAAUUCAGACAAUUUAUCUAGUUGGUGAGAGCUCGAGACCAUAUCUAUAUUGGAAAUUACCCUUGUACCACACUGCAAUGUAGCGUAAUUUAGUCAGUUGUCCACUUGUUCAACUUUACAUUUUCAGUUGAGUUUAGUGUGGCUAAAGAUCAUACAAAGUUCUGCAGAUUGUUCAAUAGUGACGAAAACUGUAACGAGCAAUGUAAUCGUGUCCCAUUGGGUAGUUCAAGCAUUACUAUACAGCAGGGAUGGCAACAUUAAUAUGUUUGCGAGCCACAUAUAUAAGGGCAAUGAUAUCAAGAGCCAAAAUAUUUGUAAAUACAUUUUAUAAAAUAAAAGUAAUAAAGAUAUCUAACAGCCGAUAAACAUAGUAUCAAAUUUGUUACCAGGGAUGUAGAUGUAAAAAAAGAUUUGUUAGAUCUAAUUUCAUUUAUGGAAACCACUGGUGGUGUUGAUAUUAAGAUUGCUCUCAAUGAAACACUAGGAAAAAUUAAAACAAAAUUAUGAGCAUUUAAACUGAUGUAGCUCCUAGUAUUGUGGGUUGUAAAAAUGGAUUAAUAGGACUUUUAAAAAAUGAUACUUAUUUCCCAGAUUUUAUACCUAUUCAUUGUAUUAUCCACUUAGCUGCUAAAUAUUUUAAAUAUGAUCAUGUAAUGGAUGUUGUUUUAAUAAUUUUAAAUUACAUAUGUUCAAGUGCAAAAACAAAUCCUCAGUUUAAAAACUUCCUAGAUGACACAUAGAAGAUGAUAUUCUUAAUGAUGUCCCAUAAUAUUGUCUAAUUAGAUGAUUAUCGGUAAAUAACCUAAUUUUUCAAUUACUAGAACCGAUCAAAGUAUUUUUAAUAGAAAAAAAUAAGUUUUCCUCAACUUUCAAAUUCUAAUUGAUUAGAGAUAGGGCAUUUAGCUUAAGGUUUAUUUUCUUAUUUAUUAUUUAUAUUAAUCUGUAUUCUAUAAUCUUAUAUCUAAAUAAUAAAAAACAUUUGUUUAUAUAUAAAUGUAUGUGAAGAAAAAUUUAAAUUAAUAAUAAGUAAAUUUUGGUUUUUGUAAAUAAGACACGGGGCCGUAUAUGACUAUUACUAUUUAGUAUACAGCAAUUAUGUGUGCUCCAAGCAUUUCAUUAAUGAAUUCUGUCAGCAUUUGGCUAAAUUUUAUGCGUGCUUAUCUAGACUUUUCUCUAUAGUUUACAUAUUACACCAAACAUAUUAGCCUCCAGCUAUGUAAGUUUUAUUCAUCCUCUUCUUCUUUCAUAGAAGAAUGGCACACCCCAUUUGAAAAGCAUGUAAUUGCAUUCAAAUAUAAUUUUUCUGAUAGACCAUUUAAUAUUAACACACUUUACAUUUGAAGUUAUAUGAAGAAUGAUUCUCCCCCGAGCCUCUCCAAGCUAUAGAUAUUUUUUUUGUUGAAUGUUCAAUAUGAUUUUUUUUAGUAGAAAUGGCCAAUUAGUCUCUGCUGGAUUCAUAUGCCUCACAUAUUUGAUUUUUAGAGACCUCAAGAGGGAACAAUAAUAUUGUUCUAUAACCCAUAUUUCCAUUUUAAAGCUUGACUGAUUUUUUUGAAUUUAAGUCAAUCACCUUACGGCGUUGGAUUGCACAUUGCCACUGUGUUAGAUAGUAAUUGAACUGAUCACUGGAUUUGAUGUUUGGCUACAACCCCUAUUGCAAUUAAUCCCUUUUUUUUUAUGUAUUUCCUUUAUUAAACUAUUGAAUAAAUAUUUAAGAAGUUGAUAAAAUAUAAAUGAUUUAUUUUAUAUAGUAUUGUAUUAUAAUAUUUUAUUUAUUUUUAGUGCAAUAUUAUAUACAUUAUCUAAACAAGCCCUUAACAUGAGAGCAUUCAAAUUAGCACGACAAAUAUUAACAAUAUUACAAAAGCUAAGAAUUCCAUCUAAAUUUCAAGUAAAAUUGUUUGAUUAAUGAAUAUAUUUAAUUAUAAUCUUGAAUUACAUUUAUUUAAGGACUAUGUAGAUCUUGCUUCAUUAAGUAUUCGUGCAAAACCUUUCCAUGAUAAUGAAGAUCUAUUGUCAAUGUGUUAUCGGUGUUUGACAUACAAUUCUCCAAUUGUUCAAACAUGUGUCACGUGCAAUCACAAGUUUAUAUUUUCACACAUAAAAUUUGGUUUGUAUUAUACAUUAGAUUUACUUUAAUUUAAUAAAUUAUAGCUAUUUAUUUUGUUGACGUAUGAAAGGUAACACAAAUUUAAUGUGGGGGUGUGAAGAUUUAUAAUAAAACAUAAACAAUUUAUAAAUUUGUUGUUAAACUUAGUUAAAUAAUGUGCCAUUAGGUUCGGUGAAAGAGACAAGUACUCUUAGGACUUAAAUUAAUUUAAUAUAAUACUUGUACCAUUUUUUUUUUGUUUUAAGAAAUUUUACCAUUGAUUGAAUUCCAUUUAGAGGAUAAUAUAACUGAUACUGAUGCAUUAAAAUUGAUACAAAGUUCAUACGAUGAAAGCGAAUUGAAAGAAGACGGUCAAAAUAAAUCUCAAAAUUCAAAUACAUUAAUUUUAGACGUGGACGAAGAAAGUCGAGAAUCAGUCGACCCAUUUGCAUUUAAACUUAUAAAUUUUGAGGUAAAAUAAUACUAUUUUUUUUUAUUCAAAUGUCUAAUUAUUAAAUAAAAUAAUUAUUUUUUAAUGUUCUUUUAAAGAGUGCAGAAAAACAGUAUCAACCUAUAAUAGUUAAUAAAACAACAUUGCAAUCAAUGAGUACUAACAGUAUAAUAGUGUGUAAAUGGCCAAAACCAUUGAAAUUUAAAUACUACAGAAAUUUACUACCUGGAUUUUUAGUUACAAACUGUGAAAAUUGUUUUAGGGUAAAUUUUAACUUAAAAACCUUUCACAAGUAUACAUACAAAGUAUUAAUUUUAAUAUGAUUUAGAUGUUCCACUCAGACGAAUACGAAGUUGAAGUUUUAAAACAAGGUUAUUGUCCAUUUUGUAGAACAAAAGACAGAAGAGUAGUCGAAUAA